CGAAUAAUAAAACACAUAAAAAUAAUAAUAAAACACUAAUUAAAAUAUUAAAAAAAAAAAUAAUGAUUUCAAUACAAGAGGAUAAUAGAAUGAAUAUAAUGAAAAGAGGUUUAUUUAUUUUAUUUGAAGGCGCAGAUAGAGUUGGUAAAUCAACACAAGUUCAAUCCUUAACCAACCAUAUUUCCAACAGUAGAAAUCUUCCAACUAAAUCAUUAAGAUUCCCUGACCGUACAACUCCAAUUGGUCAAAUUCUUAACCAAUAUCUUCAAAAUGCUACAAAUAUGGAUGAUAGAGCAUUACAUCUUUUAUUCUCUUCAAAUCGUUGGGAAGCAAAAGAUUCAAUUUUAGAGUUAUUAAAUAGUGGUACAAAUAUUGUUGUAGAUAGAUAUUCAUAUAGUGGUGUUGCAUAUACCGCAGCCAAAGGUAUUGAUGUCGAUUGGUGCUAUAGUUGUGAAAAAGGUUUACCAGAACCAGAUAUUGUUUUCUAUCUUUCAAUGUCAACCGAAGAUGCCACUAAAAGAGGUGAUUACGGUGGCGAGCGUUAUGAAAAGGUCGAAUUCCAAAUGAAAAUUAAGCAAAUCUAUGAAGAAAAAUUAAAGAGACCAUCAUGGAAAGUUAUCAAUGCAAAUAGAACAGUUGAAGAAGUUUCAAACGAAAUUAACCAAAUCUUUGAUUCUGAAUUAGAAUCACUUCAAAAAAAACCAAUUGGAACUUUAAAUUAACCCUAUAGUUGUUAUUGAUAUUAUAAAAUUUAAAAAAGAAUUUUUUUGUAUAAAAAGUAUAUUGCGUAAAAAUAAAGUAAAUUUAAAA